AUGAGGAGGGCGAGGGGGCGAGCAGAGACCCCAGCAGCAAAGAAGACAAAGAUGGCGGCAAACAGCAGCGAGGAAGAAGACGACUCUGAUGUGGAGAGAAACUUCGCUCUGCUCACUGAGAGAGGAGGAGGAGCAAGAGGAGGAGGAGGAGUGGGAGAAAGAGAGGAAGAGGGCGAGGAAGAAAUGAGUGGAGGAGAGGAAGAGGAGAGAGGUGCAGAUGCUGGUGAGGAAGAGUGUGAUAGUGAUGAAGAAGAGGAUGGAGAGAGUGGUGGCUCUGAGGAGGAAGAGGAGGAGGAGGAAGAGGAAGAGAAGGACAAGGAGGAGGAGGAUGAAGAGGAGGACGAGGAGGAAGAGGAAGAGGAGGAUGAUGAUGAGGAUGAGGAGGACGAGGAUGAUGAGGAGGAGGAGCCGGAGACGGCAAGUGGGAGCUGUGAGUUCCAGACGAGAGAAGACAUCAAGAAAGGUGAGCGAGUACGACUGAUAAAGGGCGAUUCCACCGUUUUAAAAACCUGAACAUCAAAAAAAGAUCAAAAAAGAUUUUUAAAAAAUCCAAAAAGAUUAAAAAAGAUUAAAAAGAUUAAAAAGAUUUAAAAAAAUCAAAAAAGAUUUAAAAAAAUCAAAAAAGAUUUAAAAAAGAUUAAAAAAGAUUAAAAAGAUUAAAAAAGAUUAAAAAGAUUAAAAAAAUCCAAAAAAAAUCCAAAAAGAUUUAAAAAACAUUAAAAAGAUUAAAAAGAUCAAAAAAGAUCAAAAAGAUUUUAAAAGAUUUUAAAAAGAUCAGUCAGUAAGAUUUUCAGUCCUGCAGCAGAAAACAGAAACAUCUUCACUGUAGUACUUUGUAGUCCUUUGUUGUACUUUGUAGUACGCUGAGAUAAGACACCGUGUUUCUUCUCCACCUCCCUCAGAACUGUCCACCAUGUCCUUCGAGGAGAUCAUGAAGCUGCAGAACCAGGUAGGAACCAAAGUUUACGGUCAGGUGGCUUAUGGCAGCAGGACCCAGGUGGACUUCAGCAAGAAGAAACGUCUGAACAAGAACAGGUGAGACAUCCGAGUCCAGACUGAAGACAGAACCGUCUGAUCCCUGAAGGUCCGAGUCUGAGUCUUUGUGUUUUCAGGCCCAUGGAGAUGUCCUCAAAGAAACCAGCUCCGUUCCUCCGUCAGGUGGUCCCAGGGAAGAAAUCUGUGAGUGAGGAGAACCUUCAUCCAGACCUCUCUGUUCUGCUUCAUCUAAAAAGGUUCUUCUCAUUUCUCUCUUUAGACGCUGAGAGAUCCUCGGUUUGAUGACCUCUCUGGAGAAUACAAACCUGAGAUCUUUGAGAAGACGUAUAAAUUCAUCGAUGAAAUCAAACUCCAAGAGAAGGAGGUGAUAAACAUCUGACCACUCCGACCCAGAACAAACGAAGCUCCUCAAACUUUCAGUCUUCAGAACAUGAACUUUAUUCUUUUUAUCUGUAGAUGGUCCAGAAGAAGCUGAAGAAGAUGAAGAAGAACAAUCAGAGGAAGGAGAAGCUGGAGUUCCUCCUGAAAAGGAUGGUGAGUCUGAAGAUCUCAUACAGACACGUCCUGCAGACUGAAGAUCCAAAAAGUUCUUAGAGAACCACCAAACGGGUCCGAAGUUCUGAUGCUAAACAAACUUCUGCUUUUAUUCACAUUUGAACGUUGAUGUGGUUCUGUGAGAGUCGGGUCGGCUCGCAGACGUUAGUCGGGUUCUGACUUUGUGGACCUUCUGCAGGAGAACCAGGAGCGAGCGAGGAAGAGCCGCCAGGAGCAGAGAGAGAGAGAGCUGCAGUUCAAACGACAGCAGAGAGAACGAGCCAAUCAGGGAGCUCGGCCCUUCUUCUUCAAGAACUGUAAGAACCAAUCUCUUUCCUGAUGUUUUUAGGGUCAAAGAUCAUUUUUACAGGGAUGGUCAAACAUCAGAACCAGUUUUUGAAAAGUUCUAGAGCAGGUCAGUCCUGUGAACCGGGUCUUGGGUCUCCACGUCUCUCUCUGGAUCAGGAUCUUCUACGUUUUUAAACUCUGAUGUUUUUAUUUCAGCGGAGAAGAAGAAGCUGCUGCUCGCCGAGAAAUACCAGGAACUGAAGAAGAGCGGCAAACUGGACAACUUCCUGAGUAAGAAGAGGAAGAGGAACGCCGGGAAGGACCGCAGGAAGCUCCCCAAACAGAACCAGGAAACGGUGUGA